AGAAACCCUAAUUAUAAAAAUCAAUUUAUUUUUUCAUCCCGCAUCCUCUUCCUCUCUAAAGCCAAGGCCGAAACUACAGAAGCAAGAAGUGACAUUACUCUGAUCUUUAACAAUGUCGAGGAGAAAGACGAGAGAGCCUAAGGAAGAGACAGUGACACUUGGACCAGCUGUUCGUGAUGGAGAGCAAGUCUUUGGUGUUGUCCACAUCUUCGCUUCCUUCAACGACACCUUCAUUCACGUUACUGAUUUAUCUGGACGUGAAACCCUUGUUCGUAUCACUGGUGGGAUGAAGGUGAAAGCUGACAGGGAUGAGUCCUCACCUUACGCAGCUAUGCUUGCUGCGCAAGAUGUUGCUCAGAGAUGCAAGGAGCUUGGAAUCACCGCUAUGCAUGUGAAGCUCCGUGCCACUGGUGGAAACAAGACCAAGACACCUGGUCCUGGUGCUCAAUCCGCUCUUAGAGCUCUUGCCCGUUCCGGCAUGAAAAUUGGACGCAUUGAGGAUGUUACUCCAGUCCCUACGGACAGUACCCGCCGAAAGGGUGGUAGAAGAGGAAGGAGGCUCUGAGUUUUCUUCUAUGGCUAUUUAAGCUCAUGUGUUUCAUUUUGUCUUGAACCAUUUCUUUUGAGUUUUGUAAACUGAGUUUCGAAGUUGAAUGCUUUUGUUAAAUCUUAACAACAUUUUUAUACUAUUAUUAGUCCUUAUGAAUGAC